AUGUGGUUGGAGUUGUUUCAGCGCAAUCAGGCGGAGUUUCUGCGUCGUUUUGUGACUGUAGAUGUAACGUGGGUCCAUCACUAUACUCGAGAGACCAAGCAGCAAUCUAAACAACGGACUUUACGGGGUAAAAGAACUCCGAAGAAGGCCAAAACGGCCCCAUCAGCCAGAAAAAUCAUGGCUACGUUAUUUUGGGAUUCCCGUGUAAUUUUCAUCGAUUAUUUGGACAAGGGAAGAUCUAUCACGGGGCAAUACUAUAGUGAUUUGCUGGGACGAAUCGAAGUGGAACUGAAAAAGAAACGGCUUCAUCUUGCAAAGAAGAAAGUCCUGUUCCAUUACGACAAUGCACCAGCACAUUCAUCCACAAUCGCUAUAGCUAAACUGUUCGAAUUGAGGCACCAACUGCUCACCCAUCCGCC